AUGCCGACGCCAGGCAGGGACAGGAGCGGCUCGCCCACGCCCUCUUCGACGACGAGCGGUAGCGCUGCCACUGCCUCCCGCCGAGAGCGCCUGCAGUCUCACAUGCUCACAUCGCUCCUGUCAUUACAGUCAAUCCCACCUCCCAAUCGGUUGCCAGUAGCGAAGAACAAGGAGAGUCUAAGUCUUCCCACUACCACUCGCAAUUUUCGUGGAUUCGUACAGAAGAGUGGACCAGUCUUUGCUAUCCAGGAUGCUGUGCACGAGACGCUCAUGUGGGAUUACCCGGCGAGGACGUUGUGCGUCAUGGCUGCCUGGGCAAUUAUAGCCCUGCACCCGCAUCUGCUGGUCCCAUUACCAACCUUCAUGCUCUCCCUGCUGCUUCUUCAGACCUACCAAGCGCGAUACCCUCCGGCUUCGACAGAUCCCGCUGUCCCGCCUGUGACCCCAGCACAGGUCAUCGACCAUGCCAUUACAGAGCCGACCAGUACAGGACACGGGAAGGUUAGGCCUCCGAUGGUACCGGAGCCUCCGAAUGAGGGCAGCAUCAAAUACUACGAGAAUCUGAGGGACAUUCAGAACAUGAUGAAGAUGAUCACCGACGUCUAUGAUCUUCUUGCUCCCUUCUCCAUACAUCUCAACUGGUCUUCUCCCACCCACACGCUGCUGGUGUUUCAGUCCCUGAUCCUCGUCACGCUCGCUCUCUUCCUCGUCGCCCCAUACUUGCCCUACCGCUUCAUCCUCCUAAUUGCAGGUGAGGGAGCCUUCAUCCUCAACCACCCUUGGACCGACCCAGUGGUGAAGAAGCUUGUAGGCAGGAUUGGAGAGGGCAAAGAGGGGCGGAAGCUCAAGGAGUCGAACAGGAAGGUCUUGGCGAUGCUCAACGAGUGGAUCAAGAUGGAUCAGCUGCCCGACGACGUCUGGACGCGGGGCUGGCGAGAAGUCGAGGUCUUUGAGAACGAGCGUUUUGCUCUGGAAAAGGGAACCAAGGCAAAGGAAGGAGAGGGCAGAUGGAGCGGUCACAAUCUGCGGUAUGGCGAGAGGAAGCCAUGGACGAAAGGCGCAGAUGGGUAUGCCGACGACUCGGUCUUUGCUGAAGGGUACACUUUGGACGUCAGCAGACAAGUCGCCAUGUCGCUCGAAGACGGCUGGGCCUGGGUGGAAGGCGACGAUUGGAGGAUCGACUUCUUGGGAAGGUGGUCGCCACUUGCCGUCGACGAAGCUGGCUGGCUCUACUCGAACUCGGACUGGCACAAGCCCUCUCCGUACCCCUUUGGUCACCCCAGCCAGCCGCAACUGCCUCCAGCCACCUCCUUCGCGUCCAGCGCUUCUAGUUCAACAAGCGGCAGCGUCUAUGCCCUCGACGAGGAAGACGACGAAGACGAAGACGAUGAGGGAUUGGAUGCAGAUGGAUUGCCAAAUGACCUGCCGAGUCUCUCCUCCAAGGCAGGACAUGUGAAGAAGGCGGAAACGAGGAAAAGGCGAUGGUUGAGAAGGGCGGUCUGGGUCGGCAUUACUCCUCGGACGGAUUGA